UGAUCGUAACUAAAACUUUUGAGUAAAAGUCAGUAGUGUGGUCAUCGGGUAAUUAAUUGGGUAAAAAAUUUUUAGGGCUAGGCUGAAUGUUUACUGUAAAAAGAAAACUUGACAGAUGUUUUUCGUGUUCUUUGUGAUAAAUUACUCAUUCAUUAAAAUUAUAACUUGUGAGUUAACCUAAUUGCAAAGUACGACACAGUUUCAUUUUUCAAUAUUUUUUUUUUUUUUUUUUCUUGCUCAAACAACAGGAUCGUGAAGUGCGAAACAUCCGGGGCACGGGUGUCACCUUUUUUUUUUUUUUUUAUUAGUAAUAUUAGUUAUAUAGUGAUAGUAUAAUUUGAAAAAAAAGAGUGAUCAUAAUAAUAGUGCUGGCAACAAUUAUAAUAGUGAGAUCUCUCAAAGUGCAAAAGAAAAAAAAAAAAAAGAAAAGAAGCUAUUGAAUCUAGUGCAUCAAAGAAGAAAUAAAAAUGGCAAAAACUUAUGAUUAUUUAUUUAAAUUGCUUUUGAUUGGAGAUUCUGGCGUGGGCAAAACUUGUGUAUUAUUUAGAUUUUCCGAAGAUGCGUUUAAUACGACCUUCAUAUCCACCAUUGGAAUUGAUUUUAAAAUCCGCACAAUAGAAUUAGAUGGGAAAAAAAUCAAAUUGCAAAUAUGGGACACAGCGGGUCAAGAGAGGUUUCGUACAAUAACCACAGCUUAUUAUCGUGGUGCAAUGGGUAUAAUGUUAGUUUAUGAUGUAACCAAUGAAAAAAGUUUUGAAAACAUCAAAAAUUGGAUUCGUAAUAUUGAAGAAAAUGCAUCGGCGGAUGUGGAAAAAAUGCUUUUAGGUAAUAAAUGUGAACUCACUGACAGGAGACAAGUCUCAAAAGAAAGAGGCGAACAACUUGCAGUUGAAUAUGGCAUAAAAUUUAUGGAAACAUCCGCUAAAUCAAGUAUCAAUGUUGAAGAAGCUUUUUAUACCUUAGCACGUGACAUUAAAGCUAAAAUGGAAAAAAAAUUGGAGGCAUCAAAUCCACCAAAAGGAGGAGGUCAUCAAUUAAAAGCAAUGGAACCACAAAGAAAACCUGCCAGUUGGUUUGCACGUUGUUCUAUACUUUGACCCACCAAAAUUAUUGUUGAAUUCAUUAAGGCACGAUUAAUUGCGACGAACUCUAUAAUUAUUAUUAUUAUUAUUAUUAUUAAUAUUAUUAUCAAUUACUUCUAUUUUCUUAUGUUCUCAUUAUCGGACAAAAAUUUAUUGGCAACAUGGACAUUUCUUCAUAUCGAGGAUUCGUCGCUUUUUAUGCCUUGGACAUUGAACCACUUUUGUGUUAUUUAAUAUAAAAAAGAAAAAAGAAAAAUCAAAUAUGACGAUUUAUAAUAGGAAUAAAGCGUAAUUGGAAUUAAUUUUCCAUCACAUUUUUCAAUGCAGUUAAAUUCCAUAAAUGCGCAGUAUCAUUUUUUUUUUUUUUUUUUUUCAUUGGUUCACUGUUAACAAGAAAAAAAUUUUUCUUUUUACUAAAUUUAUUGUAAUUGACCGCAAGAAAAAAAAAAAAAAUUCCACAUUUGUUACCUUAUAUAAUAUUGGAGAUAAAAUUUUAUAAAAAAAGAAAACCUAGUGAGUUCACGCGAAAAUAAUGAACUAGAUAAUAGAGAACUACGAUAUAUAUAGAUAUAUAAAAAAAUUUAAUAAAUCGAAAUCUUGUGAUUGUGUACGAAAAACGAAAAUGGAUUUUUGAGAUCUAAAACAAUUUUACACGAGCUUAUAAGAUUUUAAAAUCCCCACCCCACCUGAACACAAUCCAUUUUUUCUCUCAUUUUGCAAAUUCCAUCUAUUAUAGUAUAUAAAUAACGAAUUAAUGAUCAAAAAAAAAAUAAAUAAAUAAAUGUAAAUAAUAAGUCUCGAAAAAAAAAAAUAUUAAUCUCCUUUAAUUAAAUGGUAAUAAAUGUUUUUUAUGCUAAAUAAAUUGUUUUUAUAUUUUUUAAGAACAUUGAUAUAAAAAAAAACAAAAACAAAAAUGAAAAAAAAAUCAACGAUAUAUAAAAUAAGACUAAUUUAACAGUUUUACUUAUUAUAUACUGUUAUAUUUUUAAUAGCUUUUUAAUUAGAAAAAUCUUUAAAUAAGAAUUUAUGAUUUAUUAGGCCUGCCGAUUUUUUUUUAUCAUUUAAAUAAUUAGCUGAUUUUUUUUUUAACAUGGUACUGCAUAACGAAGCAAUCAUACCGUGAUAACGGUUCUAGUUUAAUUAAAAAAUUAAAUAAAAAAAAAAACGUGACGUGAUGCAAAAUCACGUUGGUAUGGGUAGAAUUUAGAACGACUUAUUUUUAUUUGGGUUUUCACUAUAUAUAUUAUUAAUUUUAAAAAGCGCAUCAAAUUAACAUCUCUUAAACCCAAGAAAUUUUUUUUUUUUAAAUCUGUUUCGACGAUUUUAAUCGAAAAAUUUACAAAUAAUUAUAAUACAUUUUAUAUAUUAAUCUUCAA